CUUGGUGUUCUUAUGCUGGGUUCAGAGCUGAAAUAGACCCUGGGUGGACUUGGUGGAAGCGUAGGUUUCCUUUCUGAAGAAAGGUGUGGUUCUCUGGCUUCCCCUAUUAAGGCUACUUGGCCAGGAUCCCACUCCCAUGGGGUUGACAGGUUUUGUUGGGAUUCAUUCAUUCACCGCCUUGCUGCCGACCCCUGGGAAUAGUUACUGUUGUUUGCCCCACCUGGCUUGACAUGGGCACGUUCUGAAACCUCCACAUCAGAAUCUCUUCAAAGAAGAAUUCAGGAAUAUUCCUUCUAACCCCUGCCAAGAGCUAGGCUUGGCAUAGUAAAAAAAAUCAAGUGAUAUUUUAGUAGGUUUUUUAUAAGCUUAUUGGGGAGUAGAUAGAGUUGGGUUUUACUAAGACAGCCUAUGGCUAGAGGCAUUAGAACAUACAUGAUAUAACUAAGUUUAUGUGUUCUUAAAUCAUUAAUCAUGAUAAAUAAGUUGAUUGGUGGCAGAAGGGUAUAUAGGGAAAAAGUUUCCCACCUUUGACCCCAGCUCUCCUCUUCAAAGGCAGUUCCUGCUACCGGUUUCUCUUGUGUCUUUUUAAAGAUAGCCAAACAAACCCAAGUAGGAGUAUAUAUGGUUUUAUUUGUAUGACUGCCCACUUAGCUGUAAAUGGAGAUACCCAUAUUGUGCUUUCUACCUUGCUCUGCUCGCAUCAUCAUAUUUCAGCACAUGGGUUCACAUCCAUAGAGAACUGCCAUUCUUUUUUAUCAAUGUGUGAGCAAAUCAUAGAUAUUAAGGAUUUUUGCAUCUAUGUUCAUGACUGAUACUGGUCUGUAGUCUUCUUGUAAUUCUCUUGUCUGGUUUUGCUAUCAGGGUUAUGCUCACCUUAUAGAAUGAAUUGAGAAAUAUUCUCUUCUCCUUGAUUUUCUGGAGGAAUUUUUGUAGUAUUAUUUCUUCCAUAAAUAUUCCUUUAACCAGUGAAGCCAUCUGAAUAUGGAGUUGUCUUUGGUGGAAGGUUUUUAACCACUCAAUUUCUUCAGUAGGCAUAGGGCUUUUUAAGGUUACAUAUUUCUUCUUGAGUGAGCUUUGGUAACCUGUGUCUUUUAAGGAAUUUGUCAUUUCAUCUGAACUGUCAAAUUUAUUGGCAUAAACUUUAUGAUUUUCCUUUAUUAUCUUUUUAAUGUCUGUAGGAUCUGUAGUGAUGUUCCCUCUCUGAUUGAUGGUAUUGAUAAUUUAGGUCUUCAUUUUUUUUCCUAAUCAUUUUGGCUAGAGGAUUAUUAAUUUUAUUGCUACCCUCUAUUGUUCUGCUGUUUUUUAUUUUGUUGAUUUCUGUUCUUAUGUUUGUUUGGGGUUUUUUUUUUUUUUUUUUUUUUUUUUUUGCCUUCUGCUGCUUCCAAUUUAAUUUACUUUUUGUUUUAUAACUUCUUAUAAAGACGCUUUAGGCAUUGUGGGAAGCACUUUAUUGUCCACAGCCAAGCUGCUUGUGAUGAAACUGUAACUUACAAGAAAAGGGCUGGGUUUUAAAAAUGACACAGGCUCUAAAAACCCUGGAAGCGGUGCAACUUUUGGCAGGAAUCGGGGUUAGCAGGACCUCAACGGCUCACUGUGGCUAAGUGAACGCUGACUGGGUCCUCCAGCGUGAGCUAGAACAGACGUCUCUAUGGUCAAGUAAACAGCACGCGUGCUGUCUUCCCCAUGUGGUGGGGUUGCGCAUGAUCAGUAGCUGCACCACUAGAAAGAUGGCGGAGGAAGAGCAAAGAAAAAUCCCUUUGGUUCCAGAAAAUCUCCUGAAAAAGAGGAAGGCUUAUCAAGCACUCAAAGCCACCCAGGCAAAGCAGGAACUUUUGGCAAAGAAGGAGCAGAAGAAAGGAAAAGGGCUCAGGUUUAAGCGACUGGAAUCAUUCCUACAUGAUUCCUGGCGGCAGAAACGUGACAAGGUGCAUCUCAGACGACUAGAAGUGAAACCUCAUGCCGUGGAAUUGCCAGAUAAACAUUCCUUGGCCUUUGUUGUACGCAUCGAAAGGAUUGAUGGCGUGAGUUUACUGGUGCAGAGAACCAUUGCAAGACUUCGCCUAAAGAAAAUUUUUAGUGGUGUCUUUGUAAAAGUCACCCCCCAGAAUCUAAAAAUCCUGCGUACAGUGGAACCUUAUGUGACCUGGGGAUUUCCAAAUCUGAAGUUUGUCCGAGAACUCAUUUUGAAACGUGGACAAGCCAAAGUCAAGAGUAAGACCAUCCCUCUGACAGACAACACAGUGAUUGAGGAGCACCUGGGGAAGUUUGGCAUCAUUUGCUUGGAAGACCUCAUUCAUGAAAUUGCAUUCCCAGGGAAGCAUUUCCAGGAGAUCUCAUGGUUCUUGCGCCCUUUCCACCUCUCAGUGGCCCAUCAUGCUACCAAAAAUAGAGUGGGCUUCCUCAAGGAGAUGGGCACACUUGGCUAUCGGGGUGAACGCAUCAAUCAUCUCACCCGCCAGCUGAACUAGACCCAGGUGCCAAACUGCAGUAUAUUUUUGAUCAAUGAAGUGGAAGCAUGUGUUUUGUUGUUUUGGGAAUUUUUAUCAAGUGUCUUCAGAGAAGAUUAUUUCCUGCUCUAUCUUCAAAAACUGGAAAGGAAGGGUCAAAGAAAAGACAGUAGCUGGCUGGGCGUUGUGGCUCAUGCCCGUAAUCCCAACACUUUGGGAGGCUGAGGUGGGCAGAUCACUUGAGGUUGGGAGUUCGAGACCAGCCUGACCAACAUGGAGAAAUGCCAUCUCUACUAAAAAUACAAAAAUUAGCCGGGCAUGGUGGCGCAUGCCUGUAAUCCCAGCUACUCAGGAGGCUGAGGCAGGAGAAUCGCUCAAACGUGGGAGGCGGAAGUUGCAGUGAGCCGAGAUCACGCCAUUGCACUCCAGCCUGGGCAACGAGCGAAACUCCGUCUCAACAAAAAGAAAAGACAGUAGCUUAUGUUCAUGUCAAGCACCUCUCAUCAGAGUCUAGUUCCAAGGAAAAAUUCUAGCGUUUUCUACAUUGGGUGCUGCGUCGUCUGAAAUCGGCACAUUCCAUGGAGGAAGGAGUCCUGCUUUGUUGCAUCUAUCCUAGGGUUUAAUGUUGGUAAAUGAGUCACUCUAGCAUUUGUACAAGGCUCCCUAAGACUCCUGCAGCAGUCGACCAAGCCCAAGGACAUAAUUGAAUCUGGAGAGUCCUGGAGCCUUGUUUUGAAAAAGACUUGAAAUACACAUAGGAAGAAAGGCAUAAAAAUAAAGGUUCACUUGUCUCUGCUGUGAAAAAAAAAAAAAAAAAGAAGCUCUAAUUAUUGAUUUUAAUAGUAGGAAGGUUUGAUCAUUGAUUUUUUAAGCAAAUCAGCUUAUUUUUUUAAAUUAACAUACCAUAAAAUUAACUCAUUUUUGUAUUUAAUUCUGUGAAUUUUGGGACAUGUAUGGAUAGGUGUGAACACCACAUAAUCAGGAGAUAGUACAGUUUCAUUAUCAGAAAAAUAUCCCUCAGGCUAUUCCCUUUCCAGUCGUUGAUUUUUAAACCUUUCUUCUCUAUGACUUUAAUGCUGUUAAUUUCCCUGUAAGCACUGCUUUACCUGCAUCCAGUAAAUUUUAACAUAUGAGGUUCAUU